AUGGCUCUGAAGAGAUCCCUUAUCUUGUUCCCGAUGCUGACCCUGCUGCUGCUGGCACUGGCAUGGUUCGAGACUUCCCUGUGCCAGGGACCAAGGGCCUUGAGAUUCCGGAUGCAGCACAUGGACUCGGGCCGUGGCCCCAUGGGCAACCAAACCUACUGCAACGUGAUGAUGAUGCGCCGGGGCAUGACUCGGGGUCGUUGCAAGCCCAAAAACACCUUUAUACAUGAGACCCUGCCAUUGGUCCGGGCUAUCUGCGGAGGCCAAAGUGUACCCUGCAGGAAUAGGACAAGGCACAACUGCUACAGGAGUAUACAUCCCAUGUCCACCACAUUUUGUAAAGCGACUGGUGGCUCCAGACCUCCCAACUGUAGAUACAUCACCUACCCCACCACUAGGCGAUUUAUUAUUGUGGCGUGUGAAGGGACCCCACUUGAGCCUGUCCACUUUGGGCCUUAG